AUGGGUCGUGAGCAGGAUUUGAUCCUUGCUGUCAAGAACGGGGAUGUGACUGGUGUGCAGAAGCUGGUGGCUAAGGUCAAGGCCGCAAAGACCAAGCUCCUCGGCUCCACGAAGAGGCUCAAUGUCAACUACCAAGAUGCUGACGGGUUCUCCGCACUUCACCAUGCUGCCUUGGGGGGCAGCCUGGAGCUCAUUGCUUUGCUGCUGGAGGCUCAGGCCACUGUUGACAUCAAGGACAGCAAUGGCAUGCGCCCACUGCACUAUGCGGCCUGGCAGGGCCGGCUGGAGCCCGUGAGGCUGUUACUGCGGGCCUCUGCGGCCGUCAACGCCGCCUCGCUGGAUGGGCAGAUCCCUCUGCAUCUGGCCGCGCAGUACGGACACUAUGAAGUGUCAGAGAUGCUCCUGCAGCACCAAUCCAACCCGUGCCUGGUCAACAAGGCCAAGAAGACACCCCUGGAUCUGGCUUGUGAGUUUGGGCGGCUCAAGGUGACCCAGCUGCUACUGAACAGCCACUUAUGUGUGGCGCUGUUGGAGGGCGAGGCCAAGGACCCGUGUGACCCCAACUACACCACACCCCUGCACUUAGCUGCCAAGAACGGCCACAAAGAGGUCAUCAGGCAGCUCCUGAGGGCUGGGAUUGAGAUCAACCGCCAGACCAAGGCCGGCACGGCCCUCCACGAGGCAGCUCUGUACGGCAAGACCGAGGUGGUGCGGCUGCUCCUGGAGGGCGGGGUGGAUGUGAACAUCCGGAACACGUACAACCAGACGGCGCUGGACAUCGUGAACCAAUUCACCACUUCCCAGGCCAGCCGGGAAAUCAAGCAGCUCCUGCGGGAGGCCUCUGGAAUCCUGAAGGUACGAGCGCUAAAGGAUUUCUGGAACCUGCACGAUCCCACUGCCCUCAACGUCCGGGCCGGGGACGUCAUCACGGUGCUGGAGCAGCAUCCCGAUGGCCGCUGGAAGGGCCACAUUCAUGAGAGCCACAGGGGCACUGACCGCGUGGGCUACUUCCCUCCGGGCAUCGUCGAGGUGGUCAGCAAGCGGGUGGGCGUCCCCACCCCCCGCCUCCCCUCUGCGCCUGCUCCCCUGCGCCACGGCUUCUCCAGGAUGCCACAGCCUCCUACUGAGGAGCCACUGCAACCUCUCUCCUACGGCCAGCUCCCUCUCGUGGGCCUCAGCCCAGACAGCCCAGCAGGUGACAGGAACAGCGUGGGCAGCGAGGGCAGCGUGGGCAGCAUCCGCAGUGCCGGCAGUGGGCAGAGCUCCGAGGGCACCAACGGCCACAGCACCGGCCUCCUUAUUGAGAACGCCCAGCCGCUGCCCUCCGCUGGGGAGGACCACGUGCUGCCAGGACUGCACCCCCUGCCCGUGGCAGACAAUCUGAGCCACCACCCUCUGGCCAACUACCGCUCGGGGGAGCAGAUCUUUACCCAGGAUGUGAGGCCGGGACAGCUGCUGGAGGGGAAGGAUGCCCAAGCCAUUCACAACUGGCUGAGUGAGUUCCAGCUGGAGGGUUACACGGCCCACUUCCUGCAGGCCGGCUACGAUGUGCCCACCAUCAGCCGCAUGACGCCCGAGGACCUGACGGCCAUCGGGGUGACCAAGCCUGGGCACAGGAAGAAGAUUGCCUCUGAAAUCGCCCAGCUCAGCAUCACGGAGUGGCUGCCCAACUACAUCCCGGCGGACUUGCUAGAGUGGCUGUGUGCGCUGGGGCUGCCACAGUACCACAAGCAGCUGGUGAGCAGCGGCUAUGACUCCAUGGGGCUGGUGGCUGACCUCACGUGGGAGGAACUGCAGGAGAUCGGCGUCAACAAGCUCGGGCAUCAGAAGAAGCUCAUGCUGGGGGUAAAGCGGCUGGCGGAGCUCCGCCGGGGCCUGCUGCAGGGGGAGGCCCCGGGUGAAGGCGGGCGCCGGCUGGCCAGGGGCCCCGAGCUGAUGGCCAUUGAGGGGCUGGAGAACGGGGACAAUCCGGCUGCAGCCAGCCUGCGCCUCCUCACCUUCCAGGGCAGUGAGCUGAGCCCAGAGCUACAGGCGGCCAUGGCGGGGGGCGGCCCCGAGUUGCUGCCCCUGCCGCCCGCCCGCUCCCCCAGUCAGGAGAGCAUUGGGGCACGCUCACGAGGGUCUGGUCACUCACAGGAGCAGCCGGCACCCCAGCCCAGUGGUGGAGACCCCAGCACCCCACAGGAGAGGAACCUUCCUGAAGGCAUAGAGCGGCUCCCUAAGCUCUGCUCCCCGCUUGCUGGCCAAGGCCCUCCCCCUUAUGUCUUUAUGUACCCCCAAGGCUCGCCCUCCAGCCCAGCCCCAGGGCCACCUGCUGGUGCGCCCCGGGCCUUCUCCUACUUGGCCGGUGCCCCUGCCACACCCCCAGACCCACCUCGGCCCAAGCGCCGGUCCCACAGCCUGAGCCGGCCCGGUCCGGCGGAAGGGGAGGUGGAGGGGGAGGCCGAAGGGCCAGUGGGCAGUGCCUUGGGCAGCUACGCCACCCUCACUCGGCGACCAGGACGCAGUGCCCUCACCCGGACCAGUGCUAGCCCCAUCCCCACUCGGGGGGCUCCCCGCAGCCAGUCCUUCGCCCUACGGGCCCGCCGCAAAGGACCCCCGCCCCCACCCCCCAAGCGCCUCAGCUCUGUCUCCGGCCCCACCCCUGAGCCACCUCCACUGGAUGGGAGCCCCGGGCCCACGGAGGGGGCUACAGGGCCCCGAAGGCGGACGCUGAGUGAACCGGCUGGCCCACUGGAGCCCCCUGGCCCGCUGGCCCCAGCAGGCCCAGCGUCGGACACGGAAGAAGAGCCGGGGCCUGAGGGGACGCCCCCGUCUCGGGGCAGCUCAGGCGAGGGGCUGCCGUUUGCAGAGGAGGGAAAUCUGACCAUCAAACAGCGGCCGAAGCCGGCCGGACCCCCCGCACGGGAGACACCCGUGCCCCCUGGCCUGGAUUUCAACCUCACGGAGUCAGACACUGUUAAGCGGAGGCCCAAGUGCCGGGAGAGAGAGCCGCUGCAGACGGCACUGCUGGCCUUUGGGGUGGCCAGCACCAUGCCUGGUUCCCCGGCUCCUGUGACCUCCCAGACCCCCAGCGAGGCCCCCUCAACAUCUCCCUCUCCCCGCCCUGACCCUAGCAGCCUUCCAGCUCCAGGAGCUCCAGCCUCUCUAUCUCCCAGCCCCAUGGCUGUGCCCCCCUGUGCCGGGCCAGGUUUGGAACCCACAGCAGGCAGCCGCCGGAAUGGGAAGGCGGAGCCUCUGGCUGCCCCUGCGGCCCUCAUCAAGGUGCCUGGAGCAGGAACAGCCCCCAAGCCUGUGUCCGUAGCCUGCACCCAGUUGGCGUUUUCUGGCCCGAAGCUGGCUCCCCGGCUUGGCCCCCGCCCAGUGCCCCCUCCAAGGCCCGAGAGCACCGGGGCUUCGGGCACAGGCCGGGCCCAGCAGAGGCUGGAGCAGACAAGCUCGUCCCUGGCUGCCGCGCUCAGGGCAGCAGAGAAGAGCAUUGGCACUGAGGAGAGAGCAGGCCCCCCUGGGCCCUCCACCAAGCACAUUCUGGAUGACAUCAGUACCAUGUUCGAUGCCCUGGCCGACCAACUAGAUGCAAUGCUGGAUUGAACCAGGUCCACCACCACCUGCGGCGUCCACUG